GGCAUUGCAACGCUUUUGAUCUUGUCGUUCGCGAAAGGGUUAAAAGUGAAGAAAAAUUUUCUGUGUGCAAAAGAAAACGCAAUUUCUCCAGGAUGGUGAUGCAAGGAAUGGGAAUGUCCAGCUUGAAAAAGCACCCUGCUCUGAUCCCCCUGUACGUUUGUGUGGCAAUGGGAGCAGUUGGCGCAGUCUACUACACCCUCCGUCUGGCCACACGCAAUCCCGAUGUGACAUGGAAUCGAUCUAAAAAUCCCGAACCAUGGCAGGAGUACUCCAAUAAGCAGUACAAGUUCUACUCCCCCAUCCGGGACUACUCCAAGACCGAGAGUCCAGCCCCCAAGUACACUGAGUAAGAACUUCUGCAUCCAAAAAUAUUCAAAUCUCGUGGGGUCUUCAACCUUCAGCUGUAGUCGCACCCGACCUUAUGCCGUCGGCGAGAUUUAGUAAAAAAGGAAAUUCAAUAAAAUCUCUUUAAAUACAAAUUCCGAUAAAAAUCACCCACAUGGGAUUAGCAAACUUCUUGAUAAAUUGAUGGAUUAUAGCUCGAGGUAAUUACAGAGAGUAUGUAUAAAUAAAAAAGGUAUAAUUA